GUGUUUUUUCCCCCCUGAACAACAGGAACACAGUUCUGAAUCUUUUGUUGCUGAAGUGUAAAUAGUUUCCGUGGAGAAGAAAAUGACACCGCUCACACUCUGAUUCUUUGUGGGUUUCUUUCUUUUUUUGGGGUGGGGGUGGGGGGGCACUGUCAGUGGAUUCCAGCUAGAAAUAAAAAUUGGUGUGCACACACUAUCAAACCCUGGAAUUCGCACAUUGGCUUGCCCCUGGGGUAGAGCCGGGCUGUUGGGUCUGGCUGCCUGCCACUGUUGCCAUGAAGAACAUCAUCCCAUCCAGGCUUGUAGUGUGGUUGUCAUGGUAAUGACCGUUUAUUUGCAGGGGGGCACUCCAGUCUCCAAUAUUUCCGGGACACACACAGACAGCUCGAGGAAGUGAAGGUGAGAGAGAGGAGCGGAGUUGCCAGACAGACGAUUCGCUCAAAGGGCAGGUAGAUGAGUCAGUCCGGUCUCUUCACCCUCCUCCACCAAACAGGAAGAACCACGACCACAAAUAUCAGCCAGUUGGUGUCGGAGACUCUGUUUUUCACAUCAUCAUGUCACGUACUUCUCCUUAAAAACUUGUUCUUCUUCUCCAUUAAACUUCCAUUUCCUCUCUGAACCGUAACAGGCAGAUAUAAAGAUAUUCAUCUUCUUCACAACUCAAUGAAGGUGUGAAGAGGUUUUUGUUCCGUACUGGAUGAAUAAGAAGGUUAAUCACAGUCUUUCGUUCCUUUACCUUGAGGAGUUUUCAGUCUGAUCAUCAUCAUUUAUUUUCCCGGAGAUACAUUGAGGGUCGACCCUCAUUUUAAAUGAUGCCAAGAUUACAAAAGCAGAAAGAAAACAAGCAAACAAUCAGAAUACAAAAAUCAGUUCCUGAGAAAAAGCAAUUACAUUCAUUACAUGAGCAUUAUGAUUUAAGAGAUUUAAAAGCGGAUUUCUAAAUUGUCCCAGUUGAUGUUGUAGUGUAUUCCACGAGUCUGGAGCACAGAAUCUAAAAGUUGUGUUUGGUCGUGGUCGUUUCUGCUGUAAUUAAAGACAAAUAGCUGAUAACACUGACUGAUACUAGCUCAACAGGUAGAUGGUUAUUAGUGCGUCGACCGAUAAAUAACAAGAAACUGCUGUGCAGAGAGAUGAUGUUUGAGGUCAUGUAGAAACAACUUUGAUUGUGAUCUUUCACACUGACGACAAAAGCCAGAUGUUGGCAGAUGUUGGCAGGUCGUUUUUAUCCUGUAUAGCAGCUGUAGGGACGAGAGCGGUCUGGAUCUGCUGGGCCACCACCUUGGUACCAGCUUGUUUGGCUGGUGAACUUUGGCCCCCAGCAGGUAAAAAAUCUUCACUUUACCUGCGACAUGUCAACACCUGGUGUCUGAACCGGCACCAAAUUAUAGAUUUUUAUUCCCUGACGAGGUUCAGUAACGUCUCAACAGCUGGAUUUAGUUCACAUGCAUGUUCCCCUCUGGAUGAACUGUGAUCCCUCAGCCUUUCAUCCAACGCCACAUUUAGCAUUUAGCUCAGAGCAUCAGUGUAGGUAAGUACAGCCACAGAGCCGCUGUAGCACGUUCUAGUUUGGAGAACUUGUUGAAUAAAUAUGAGCCCUGGAGUUUAAUGGGAUUCACAGGAACAAACUGAGAUUGUUGAAUUACAAAGUAAAUGAGAUUUCUCUUUGGUGGCGUUACGGUUAGACAGGCUUUCACUUUAACUGAUUAUUCAUAAUGACAGUGACGAUGCGGAUGAGUUGGGUUGGUUAUCGAAUAUAUCGCUAUAUUCCCCAUCAUAUAUGCAAUAUUUAUUGUAAUAGCUUUUUAAAUUUUAAUAUGGCACAAUGACUUCCUUUGGCUGCAGUGUUCCAGUGUUGGGUUUAUUGUCAAAUGUUGCGUUUAAUGACAAUUCAGCCUCUCUGUUUUUUUUUAUAUCACAGUUAUAAGCAACAGAUAUUCUCACUUUAGCCUCUCUGGCUGUCAUCAGUCUUAAAUAAAGACACUCAAAAUCCUUAAUUACCUCACAUUUGCCAUGCAGGCUGCAGCUGGAAGUGAAGGUGUUUCAUCAAACUGCAGCAGGCUGCACUGUAUUUUUUUUAUUUUUGCUAUUUAUAACCAUCUCUAUAAUAAUGAAUAGGUUUCCACACUGAGCUGGUUCCAUAUGAAAAGCUCCUGUAUUUGCACUUUCGGGGACAUUUCUGCUCUGGCCUGGGGUGACACAUGACGAAGACAGCACAUUCACCUGUCCUGUCGGAAGGCGCUCGUUUGGUGUCCUUAUAAUAAACGUCCCCCUUCCUCCCCACCACCUUCCUCCCUGUGUGUCCGUGUCAGGCGGGAGAUGUGCUGCUCGCAGCCGCGCUCGCUGUCUGUCGCCUCAUAUUGAAUUUCAGCGCGGCAGCAGUCGGGUUUCUCUCCGGGAGAUCAGGUUUUUUAAAACGCGCCCGCUGCCUCCUCUCUCCCUCCUGCCUGAGACUUUCCCCCCCUCUUCUCCCUCCGUCCACAGAUCCGCACUUGUGACUGGAAGUUUUUUCUCCCCGGCGGAGCUGCAUGGUCCAGCGGCCGCGGUGCGCCCGGAGAGUCGGAGGCAUGAAGCGACAUUAGGAGGAAUAAAGAAGAGAGGAAGAGGCGAGCGAGGCGGAGGGAUAAAACAGUCUCACUUCACGGGAACCAGGGACGACGUCCAAGGGAGCCUGGGUACAACUGUGGGACCUCCUCCUGGAGAGAGCUUUCCUCCUCUGGAUGUUAUGGCUGAAAUGUGUGACUGAUGCUGAGUGUGGCAGGAUUGUGUUCAGUGUGAUGGACCGAUUGUGGGACUCUCUUCCUCCUCGAGCGUUUCAAUCAGGGCGGCAAAGAAAAGCUGAAUCCGCCGGGCCUGCUGACUAUGCCCCGGAGCCCCACCUCCAGUGAGGAUGAGAUGGCCCAGAGCUUUUCAGACUACUCCGACGACUGCGCCUCUGACAGCUCCCGCGAGGAAACCAUUUACGAGACCAUAAGGGCCACCGCCGAGCCGUCGCAGCACCGCAUGGACGACAUCCACACCAACUCGCUGGUCAUCCGCGUCCUCAUCCCCGACCUGCAGCACACGAAAUGCAUGCGGUUCAACCCGGAUGCGACGGUCUGGGUUGCCAAGCAGCGGAUCCUGUGCACGCUCAAUCAGAGCCUGAAAGACGUCCUCAACUAUGGGCUCUUCCAGCCAGCCAGCAACGGGAGGGACGGCAAGUUCCUGGACGAGGAACGCAUCUUUCGAGAGUACCCCCAGCCAAUCAGCAAGGGGGUCCCGUCUUUGGAGUUUCGCUACAAGAGCAGAGUCUACCGGCAGCCCAACGUGGACGAGAAACAGAUCGCCAAACUUCAUACCAAGGCCAAUCUGAGGAAGUUCAUGGACCUCAUCCAGCAUAAUCAAGUGGACAAAGUGUCUAAGUUGUUGGAGAGAGGCUUCGAUCCGAACUACCACGACAGCGAGACUGGUGAGUGCCCCCUGACGUUUGCCGCCCACCUGGACGGCGUGGUGGAGAUGAUCAAGGUGCUGAGGAACGGAGGAGCUCACCUGGACUUCAGGGCCAAAGACGGCAUGACCGCCCUCCACAAAGCCGCGAGGUCCAAGAACCACGUCACACUCACGACGCUGCUGGAGUUGGGAGCAUCUCCAGACUACAAGGACAGCCGCGGUCUGACUCCUCUGUACCACAGUGUGGUGGUGGGUGGAGACCCGGGCUGCUGCGAGCUCCUGCUGAACCACCACGCUUCAGUCUGCUGCCAGGACGAGAACGGCUGGCAUGAGGUUCACCAGGCGUGUCGUCAUGGCCACGUGCAACACCUGGAGCAUCUGCUGUUCUAUGGAGCAAACAUGAGCGCCCAGAAUGCCUCGGGAAACACCGCUCUACACAUCUGUGCCCUGUACAACCAGGAUAACUGUGCCAGAGUGCUGCUUGUUCGUGGAGCUGACAAGGAAGUGAAGAACUACAACAGCCAGAGUCCAUUUCAGGUCGCCAUUAUCGCUGGGAACUUUGAGCUUGCUGAACUCAUCAAGAACCACAAAGAGACAGAUAUAGUGCCUUUCCGCGAGGCUCCAGCCUACACCAAACGGCGCCGGGGUCCAUCGUCUGGCAACAGCAGCGGAAACGGCCAGUCCCCCACCUCGUUAUCAGCGCCACGGGUCCUCCUGCGCUCCAACAGCGACAACAACCUAACAGUCAGCCAGUACCAGCAGCAGCACGGUUCUCCCAGCAACUGGGGCCCCCAUCUGCAGCAGCACCAACACACCCAGCCCCACCCGCACAGGGCCCCCCAGCAGGGUCACUCGCAGCCUGGCUCCUCAGCAUUGCAUCGCAGCCUGUCACCCCAGCUGCUCCAGCAGAUGCCCAGCGGCAGCCCCAAUGGCACCGUGGUGGUCCGGACCAUGGGGAGGGGGGCGAGGAGCCGGUCGCCCUCCCUCAGCCGGCUGGGGGAGGAGGCUCGGCGCGCUCUACCUUCACAGCGUCAGCCCAGUCCCAGCAGUCAUGGCGAGGCAGUAGGCACCAGGAGGAAGCUGUACAGUGCCGUUCCUGGGAGACAUUUUGUGGUCGUUCGCCCGUACACCGCUCAGGCCGAGGGAGAGAUCAACCUCUACAAGAGCGACAGGGUCAAAGUUCUGAGCAUCGGAGAGGGGGGUUUCUGGGAGGGCAGCGCCCAUGGCCAGGUGGGCUGGUUUCCAGCCGACUGUGUGGAGGAGAUCCCGGCCAAGGCCACCGAGGAGAGGAGCUAUUCGAGAGCGGACCGCGCCGACAGACGGAAACUCUUCAGACACUACACUGUGGGCUCGUACGACAGCUUCGACGCCUCCAGUGACUGCGUGGUGGACGAGAAGACGGUGGUGCUCCAGAAGAAGGAGAAUGAGGGAUUUGGCUUCGUCCUGCGGGGGGCGAAAGCGGACACGCCCAUCGAGGAGUUCACUCCCACACCUGCCUUUCCCGCCCUGCAGUACCUGGAGUCGGUGGACGAAGGAGGCGUGGCAUGGCAGGCGGGACUCAGAACGGGCGACUUCCUCAUCGAGGUGAACCAGGAGAACGUGGUGAAGGUGGGCCACAGACAGGUGGUCAACAUGAUCCGCCAGGGAGGAAACCGGCUCCUGAUCAAAGUCGUGACCGUGAGUCGGAAUCUGGACCCCGAGGACACGGCGCGCAAAAAAGCUCCUCCGCCGCCAAAGAGAGCCCCCACCACAGCCCUGUCCAUGCGCUCCAAGUCGAUGACCUCUGAACUGGAGGAACUUGCCACUCUAAGGAAAAAGAAAGGUGAUGCGCAGAAGAAGAGGAUUGUUUUCCAAGUCACUCUAAACAAAGUCGAGGAGAUGACGCACGCCCAGAAGACCUCACCUGUAGACAUGAAGAUCGCCACGAUCAAACCACGCCCAUCCAGUCGCUGCUUGGUCACGCCCACUGAUAUGAAUUCCAUGUAUCACGACCGCCAGGGAGUAGCAGUGGUGCCGCCCACUGUGCCGGGGGCCUUCCUGGGGAUCCCUGAGAAGGGCACCAUGAAAAAGCAAAAGUCAAUAGGAACAUCGGAGGAUGAGAAACAGGGAUUCCUCACUCCUCCCCUUCUCAAGUUCUCCCGCAGCCUCUCCAUGCCCGACACCUCAGAGGACAUCCCCCCUCCCCCGGCCAUCUCGCCCCCUUCGCCACCCGCCUACAACUCAGCUGCCGGCCCGACACCCAAAAGCUACGGCACCACGCGACCCAGCUUCACCCAGAACUCGCCUAACGCGGUGACGACCAUCAGCCGGACCACCGACGUCGGCACGUUGAGGCGCGGCUACUUCCGCCAGAGCUCGGAGCAGUUCGAGAGCACGCGCACUCGAGGGCGCACGCCGGUGCCCGAGAACCCGUACUCCGAGGUGGGCAACAAGACUCUGUACGUGCCGGCGAAACCGGCUCGAAGGAAGGGGAUGUUGGUGAAGCAGCCCAACGUGGAGGACAGCCCCGAGAAGACGUGUCACAUGCCAGCAAGCCCCUCGGGCCCGGUUUCCAUGCCAACGACGCCUGUAGAGCGAACGUGCUCCUCCAUCCCCAUCCCCACGAUCAUCGUCAAGGAGCCCUCCACCAGCAGCAGCGGCAAGAGCAGCCAGGGUAGCAGUAUGGAGAUCGAGCCCACCACCCCCGAACACCCGCCUCUCACCCCCACCGUCGGCGGGAGCGGAGGUCUGCGUCCCGAAGACCCGCUGUCACUAAGCAACCCCUUUGCGGCAGCUAUAGCGGGGGCGGUACGGGACCGGGAGAAGAGGCUCGAGGCAAAAAAGAACUCAAUCGCCUUCCAGUCGAUAGACAUCGGGGAUGAGGACUUGAGCGGUCCCACGCCGACCCCCCGCCUCCGCCAGUCCAAGUCCAUCGAUGAAGGCAUGUUCAGUAGCGACGAGCGGCUUCGAAGGAUACUGGCUCCGCCCUCUGCAGCACAGCUUGGGCCGCCUGUCGGGGGAGGAAGUGGCAACAUGACGGACUUCAACACCCCCGAGCCCACGGUGGUGCGGGAGCCUCUGAACACCAGAACAGGUCAGUGUCCCAACCUGGACAGUCCCGUCAGUCUCCCGUCCACGCCUCCCAAGAGCCACUACAGGGCCAACGGGACCUACCUCCAUCCUGUCACCGGCAAACCCUUGGAUCCUAAUUCUCCACUGGCUCUGGCGCUGGCGGCUCGUGACCGGGCCAUGAAGGAGCAACAAAACCACCCUCAGAAUCAGCCCCAAAAUCCUCCUCAGGUUCAGCAAACCCCCAAACACGAAGCCCAGUCCCUCCCGAUCCAGCCCAGCCACAAACCAGACCUCAACCAACCGCUGUUCAUCGACACCAAGCUACGCUCCGGGAUCGAGACCAGUUUCGCCGCGAUCUCCACGGCGACCAUGGGCCGUCCCGGGCGGGGCGGGCUGCGGAGGCAGAUGACAGAGCAGAAGUACGAGUCUGACGGGGCGAGGGAAGAGAGGCAGCAUCAGGCGGUGGAGGAGAGGAAGAGUGCGCCGGCGGACGUGGCGGACUCGUCGCAGCCCAAGUCAGCCGGGCUCCUGAUGGUCCACACCAGCACUGACGCAAGCAACAAGGUCAACAACCAGGACCUGGAGGGGCAGGACAGCAACAGACCCUCCGAGCUGAAGGACCCCAACCAGCCCGAACCCCUCAACGCCACCACGCUGGCCCCCAGCCCUCAGCCCGCCUCGUGCCGGAGGAGGAGCAUUCCCCUGGGGGAAUCCAUGGACGAACCGGUGAAGCUUCCCUUCCGCAUCCCCCCUCCCCCUCUGGCCUCAGUUGACAUCGAUGAAGACUUUGACUUCUCAGAGCCCCUCCCCCCACCGCUGGAGUUCGCCAACAGUAUUGACAUCCCCGACGACCAGGCUAGCGCCAUCGCGGAGAUGCUUCGGGAGCAGAGACGGAACGGGGGGCCUGCUCUACCCCCGUACCACGCCCACGCCCCCCCACCCGUCACCGAUCAACACAAACGGGUGACAAACAGCAUGCCCCCCUCGUACCCUCCUCCGCCGCCUGACCCGGAGUCGGGGGUGGGUGACUCGGGCAUCGAAGAGGUGGACAGCCGCAGUAGCGGGGACCCCCAGCACAUGGAGACCACCAGCACCGUGUCCAGCAUCUCCACCCUGUCGUCGGAGGGGGGCUUCUGCGACAGCGCCCUGGAGAGCCUCUACGCCACCGCCGACGGACACGCCUUCCUCGUGGAUCGGCCCCCCGUGCCCCCCAAACCCAAGGGCAAGUCCAUCAUCAACAGAACCUCGCUUUAUCACGACGCUCUCAUCGAAGAGCCCCCAGAGUCCUACGGGUCACCGCCUCAGGCCCCUCCCCCUCCCCCCUCCGAACCUCCCAGGACUCCUACUCAAAGGACAUCCAAGCUGUGGGGCGAUCAGGCCCCCGAGCUGUGCAGCCCCCCGUCCACGCCGGACACCAAGAACACCGUCAUCACCGAGCUGAGCUCCAUCCUGCAGCAAAUGAACCGCGACAGGCCGCCCAAGACAGGGGAGAGCCUCGACUCCCCGACCGGGACCAGGGGGGCCUUCGGAACAAGGCCGCCCACAGAAGACUCAGGAAUGCGUAAUAACGCCGCCGCCGCUGCUGCCCUCACCUCCACCCCGCCCAGCAGCCUCCCGUCCCAGCCACACCCCUGCAGCCCGCCAGACUCCGCCUCCUCCCUCACCCCCUGCUCCUCGCUGCCGCCCUCCGUGUCACCCACCCUCACCGACGUCUUCGGCCUGCCCACCCCGCCCAUGGGCAGCGGCGGCGGCUACAGCCUGAGUUCCUCGUGCGGCGGCAGCGGCAGCUCGCGCUCCCCAUCGCCGCUCACGCUGAUGCAGGCCGUGGCGGCCUCGGGCAAGCCCUUCGCCUCCAAACCCAUGGAGCUGUGGAGCAAGCACGACGUGGCGGACUGGCUGGAGAGCCUCAACCUGGGGGAGCACAGGGACGCCUUCCUGGACAAUGAGAUCGAGGGCGCCCACCUGCCCUCGCUGCAAAAGGAGGACCUGAUAGACCUGGGCGUGACGAGGGUGGGCCACCGCAUGAACAUCGAGAGGGCCCUCAAGCUGCUGCAGGACAGAUAAGCCCCGAGGAGACGGGGUGGCGACGUGCGGAGUCAGGGCCGAGGAGAGGGAGGUGUCACCGAUCACUUCAUCAGACAUAAUCUCAAGUCGUGGAACUGGGUAGAAGUUUUGUCCAAACUGAUGCUGCCUCUUGCCGUUUUUUGUCCUCUCUCAUCCUCCGUUGUCGCCCUCAUCUCAGUGCUCCGGUCUUGUCCGCCCUCUUCCUCCUUCCCGCCGCCCCGAGCAUCAGGGGAUCAUGGGACGUCUGGAGGAAGUGCAGGGGCAGAGAGAAGAGAAUAGCUGCUAUGUCACAUCAUGGAGGGAGAACGCAGAGGAGGCCGGUGUGAAGGACUGUCCACUGUCCAGAAGACAAACACUCUGGAAUAGUUCGUCCUCAAACGCUGGAAAAAAAUACUCGACUGGAAGUUUCUUUCACAUAAAGACUCGCUCACCCAACUGCUUUGGAAUACUAAAGACUUUUUCCAUACACCCCGGUGCGGGUGCAUGAAGAACCAGCUGAGCUGGUCGUUGCUCCUUUUCUAUCUUUGCUAGAGUUUGUUCAGAGAAUAAUAUUUCUUCACUAGAGUCCUACCGGAGUUAUAUUUCUGGUUGCAUCUAAAGUUGUAGAGAAAAAUUUGAGAUAGACUCCAUUUUUUUCUUUUGCUUUUCACCUGUUUGUGUCAAAAUAAGAACUUUAGCUGACAUGUUUAAACAAAUACUAAACCAUAUCACACACACACACACACACACACACACACACACACUUUAUGCACAGUGCCACACACUGAAUACAAACAAGAGUACACACUGUCUUCACAGACGUAUACACAUCCUGAGCAUGUUCACACACUGUUGCUGCGAUGGCCUUCUCCUGAGAGAGAGCACAGCGAGGAGAGAGGUGGUCACCAGAGGAGGAGGAGCUCUCGCCUCGCCGCUCUACACCCACCCGGCGUCCACCUCAAGGAAAACCGAGGCGAGGACAGGAGGCACAAGACGGACAGAAAUAUUCUCACCUUGAAACGGUUGUACCGACUUGUCUGGCUGUAAAGGGCGUCCUUGUCCUCUCUUGGCUUUUCCUUCUAGUUGUGUGUGUGCGUGUGCGGAGGUGUGUUUGUGUGUGUGUGUGUGUUUCAAGGCCAGUUUAGCUAUUUCCAUGGAUCUGCUAUAUAGGCCACAGUAUAGGGAAACUAGAGCUGUUCUUCACUUUUGUACUUCAUUCUGUCAGAUCCUCCUCCACCUCACCAUUAGCAGGUCAACACUAGGAACACAUGUGGCCCCACAGUGACGCUGAUGUAUAAGACACCCUGCGUGUGUGUGAUAGAAGUUGAGGUAUUUUAGAGAAAGAAAUUAAAUAUUAAACAUCUUUACAGGAAUAAUUCAACAUUUUGGGAAACGAGCUCGAUGAGAAGAUCGAUCCCAUCGUCGUCCCCGUCUGUUAAAGUCAGAGCUGCAGUGAAAGUGAAAAAGGAAAACUUCAUUCAGAGAAGUAAGAAUGAAAACAAAACAAAAUGCAGUGGAAACACUUGAUGACGUACGUGAAUCAUGUGACUUUAAACAUCUCGUCCAAAACUUCCUCACGUCUAUUUUUCCACAACGUUUUUUGUCCGGUUUAGUUUUAACGACCUCAUGGCUUUGCACCCCCUUCUUCUUCUUCUGCUGUAGUUUAACAGCUACCAACUUCGAAAUUAGUUCAAAUUUGAAAUUUGAAACUAAAACAGCUAGCAAGGCCAGGUCCAAAGUUUAAAAAAUAAUCAGCCUCUAAAUCUCUCUAAUAUCUCAUUUCUUAAUUAGUGAAAUUAAGGCAGAUUUUUAAUAGGUCAGGUUAGAGGUUUCCUCCCUUUCCCAGUCUUUAUGCUAAGCUACGCUAGGCUAGUUUCAUAUUUAACACACAGGUAUGGGAAUGGUAUUGAUCUUCUCAUCUUUUUUAAGUCAGCAAGAAAGUGAAUAAGCACAUUUCCCAAAAUGUCCAACUAUUUAACAUUCAAUAGCGUUUUUUUGAAUUUGAAUUGACGUUUUUUUUUUUUUCUUCCAAAAAUGUCUUUCAACAGUUUUAAAAAACACAAAUUAAAAGCAACUGAAUAUUUAAAGAGCUAAAACUCAAGUUUUACCAGAGAAGUCUCAUAUUUUCUAUUUAGCUAAAGGACUACCUGAACAUUUUGUACAUCGUUCUUUGCUAAUAAAAAUGACUCAAUGAGAUUUGUUAGCAUUGAGCUAACUAGCGCUCAAAUCCUGUCAGAUCCAAAAUGAACCAAACAAACAGCAGUGCAGCUGUUUAAAGGAACAAUUCUGUGAUUUUAGAACAGACAGUCAAAAGGGAAAGUGAACUGUUUUUAGACCGAACCAGCCUUCAGCUGUGAAGUUCUUCCUCUAACGAAGGCUGGAGACGUAACGCUGCGCUAACGGAGCUGUAGCAGACUGACACUGGCGGCCCCUACACGCCCAGACUGUUUGUCUUUGAGGAUGAACGAGAUCUUUUCUUACCAAUGUAUUUAUCAGCAGGUCAGCGCCUGAUAACGUGACAUCACUCCGAGCCAUCUGACUUUCAGAGCAGAUGGAGAAUCCCUGGCUUCAGGGUUUUAUGUCGAAUUACGUGUUCACAUAAGUCCACAAACAUGCCUUCUCCUGCCCUCUUACCACUGUGCAAGAAACAACCAGAGAAUAACCUGACAGAGCUGGCAGAUGUUCAUCAGCCGGACCCCCCCCCCCUCCCCAUGUCAGAUUAGACAGGGAUAGAAACCACUUCUGAUCUGCUGCAGAUGAUGAGUCCCAUGUUGUUAUCCAGUCUCACUGCAGCUCCAGCAGCAGAGACCAGAUUUAAAGUUUCUUAUAAGAGUCCGGUUUAAAACUAAAUCAGCAUUUAUAAAUCUGGAGAUGUGUGUGUUUGCUAGCAGUGAUUACAGGCUGGUCAGAAGUAGAAGUGCAGUGUGUGUUGAAAUGUGUAUAUAAGAGUGUUUAACAGGAUAAAAAUGUCUAUUUGAUUAUAUGUAUAGCUCUAUUAAAAGGUUUAGAGUAAAAAAAAAAUGUUAAAAAGAAAUUCUAUGAAGGUUCAUUUAUAGUUGUAGUUGCCAGAGCUGAUGUGAUGACCAAAGCAGUGGUCUCAUUCGCCCCCUUCAUCCUGCAGAGGAUGCCUUAAAUAUCUCACUGUUCCCUCCCUCCACUUCCUGCACCUCUGUCGGUUGUAGAGCGCACCUCACCUGUGGUUUGAACCCCAACAUCUGGAAGUAAUAUAUAUAUAUAUAUAUAUAUAUAUAUAUAUAUCGUUUUAGAACAAGUUCACCCUUCUUUGGUUUCAUAUCACACUCCGCAGCUUCAUGUAGGUGCAGCUUUUCGAGGAGACACAUGAAACAUACACAAGCUCUGUGUUCUGUGAACAUUAGCCGUAUGGAGGCUGGCACGGGACAAUGCUGCUAUAAUCCUGUUCCUGUUUGAACGUGUAACUUAUUUUAAAACAAACAGCGACGUGUCGGAGGGGGUAGAAAAGCACAGUAUUUUUAAAGAUUUGUAUAGAGUUCUAUGAAAUUUUAUAGAGGUUAUCUGAACAAAAACUGUUCAACACUGACGCGUGGAUUGCCAAAAACAGAAAUACUAUAUAGAUUAAAAAAAAAUGUGGAUAUUAUUAGACUUAUGGGUUAUGUAAGAAGCAAUAUUUAUUCUGAAUGAAUCUCCUUGGUUGUGUUUUAUUUUCCCAUUUUAAAGUUACAUAUCAUGAUGCAAUCACUUGUCAGUGUUUUAAUGAAGUGUUGCCUAAAGUAGAUACACUCUCUCCUGCAGUAGUAAGAUAUAUUUUGGCCAAUCAAGUGACCACGAAACCCAGGUAUCUUCUGACGACCCCCAUCUGCCUGACUAGACUCCUCUCAUCUUCUGAAACCCCCGAGUCCAGAGUGUGUUGUAUAAAAAUGAAAAAAAAAAAAAUCUGUAAAUUUAAAAAAAAUAUAUAUCUGCAGGCCAUCUCAGUAGGAAACUAUAUGAAACCUAUAUAUAUGUAUACAUACAUAAAUCCACCAAAAAGAUUAGUGGUGGCUGCUGACUCCUUUAUCAGCAGGUCACUGUCAGUUUUCUCUGUGGAAAUGUAGAGCUGAGUAGAUGUAGUAAGAAUCUUUAAAGAGCAUCACCGUGGCGUGGCGCUUCACCAGGCCAUGUUUAGGACAGGCAUGGCUCACUAACCCACUUCCACUCCCCUUCAAAACACUGCUCCCACCUUUAUCAUUGUCCAACAUUUGGGUAACUGUUUCUUUUCUUUUUUUUUCUUUCUUAAUUAAUUAAUUUAUUUUUUUCAUUAAUAGAUUUUAUUCUUUGAUUAAGUCUUCAUAGAGACUAAGAUGUUUUUCGGUAAUUUGUGCAAAGACUUGUGUUCAUGUUUUCUAUGUUGCUGUAAUUUUGUGCUACUAAAUCAUCAUAGAGUCAACUAAUUACUGAAAUGAAAAGAGAGAGAAUUUUCCUGUAACUACACUCUUCCUUUCCCCUGCCCCUCGAAUCCUCAAGACUUCUUGUAUGGCAACCAAAAUUCACUGUAAGAAAUAAAUAUAAUAUUGCACUAG